CUUCCCUUGCAGAAGACUGGACAUCCAGUGUAGAGCAACAAGUGCAGGCUAAAGAGUUACUCUGUGCCACAACAGUGAAUCUGUAUCUUGAAGACCAGAACAGGCAGGUUUAUUCCAUUCUUCAGUGCCGGUGAGAGAAAACAAAACGACAUCCAGAAUAAAACUUUUCUCUCACAGAAAAAAAAGAAGAUAAAACUACUUUGUAAAUGGAGGCCUUUGUUAUCUUGCUCCCUGAUGUCUGCUUUACAACAAAGAAAAAGUCAACACAGUCUUUACUUCAACUGGCAUCACACAUUUUGAAGUGAAACCAAGCACUUGGUCUUUCUGACUGCACUGUGGAUGGAGAUCAUGAGGAACUCUCUGUCUCCACACCUGCUCCUUGUUCCCCUUGUGUUUUCUCCGCUUUCACUCCUCCUCAGCUUUGCAUCUGCCAGUUCAGGGUCUGACUAUGACUAUGGAGCCCACCCACGCUUUGUUUGCACCCCUAUUCCUGUGGAUGCAGACCCUUCCUGCUUCCCUACAGCGGGUCCAGGUGUAGGGGCAGCAGGGACCAGUGGACCAGGCCAUCAAAGUGCACCUCCUGCUGGCUGGUGGGGGGCGAGCGAGGAGGCCAAAGCCACCAUCCUCCACCUCAGGGAGAGCCUUGUCCAGCAGAAAGAGACCAUACUGGACCAGAGGGAGACCAUUAGAGAGCUGACGGCCAAGCUCACCCUGUGCGAGGGAUUCGGCCGGGGCGUGACGCCUCACGACGAGCGCCACAGCACAGGCUCGUACUCCCAUCACGCGGGAGUGGCCAGUCAUCAAACAUACACUGACAUCGGGCACCAUACCAACCAGCAGGGUCACCAUGGAAACAGCAACCUCAUACCAGACUCACCACACCACACCUCUGUAGGGGGGCAACGAACGGAUGGAGGUCACAGCAGCAACAACCAGGUGAAGGACAAACAUGUGACACCAGGGGACAUCACAUCAUCACCAGAGCAGAUGGAGCGGAUGCUGCAGGCGCUGAAGGAGAGGCUGGACAAUUUGCAGAAGAGGAACGCAUCCAUCACCUACUCCAGCUCUCUGAAGGAGCUGCUGCAGAGGAAGAUCAGCGCUCUGGAGCAGCAGCUGCACCAUCACACCGCCGCCCUCAACAGCCCUGAGCAUCACGAUGACACCAGCAGACACAGAGACGACGGAGACCAUCACCACGACAAUCGCCACGUUGACGGACGCCCAAAUGACCACACGGACGACCGCAACGAUGGACAUAACGAUGGUCACAACGACAGCGGGAACCACACUGAUCACCCCGAUGACAGCCACAAUAAUGAGCAUCAAGAUGCAGACGGUGACCAUGGCGACCACGAUGAUGGCCACCACAAGGAUGAUGAUGAUGAUGAUGAUGAUGAUGAUGAUGAUGAAAACCAUCACAGUAAUGAAGCAGAUAGUCACAGUUACGUUCCACAUACAGGAUACAGAGCCCCAGGGCCCCGCGCUGGUUUCCACUCAAAUAAACUGGAAACGAUGCUCAACCAGCUGCACCUCACAGGUUCCAGCAGGAAGAAACCCAAGAGUCCAGAUGCCUUUCAGAUCAGCUUCCCCAUGAGAACCAACUACAUGUUCGGGCGGGUGAAGAGGACUCUGCUGCAGGAGAUCUUCGCUCUGACUUUGUGUCUUUGGAUGAAGGCGGGCGCGGGGCCCAGCCUGGGGACGCCCUUCUCUUACUCCGCCCCUGGACAGGCCAAUGAACUGGUGCUUAUUGAGUGGGGGAACAACCCCAUAGAGCUGCUGGUGGACGACAAGGCGGCGACGUUGCCCCUGUCUGUGAGUGAUGGGAAGUGGCACCAUGUGUGUGUGACCUGGUCAACACGGGAGGGAAAGUGGGAGGCCUACCAGGAUGGAGUGCAGAGAGGGUCCGGGAUUAAUCUCUCCCCCUGGCACCCCAUCAAACCUGGAGGGGUCUUCAUCCUGGGACAGGAGCAGGACACUCUUGGAGGCCGUUUUGAUGCCACUCAGUCAUUUGUGGGUGAGAUGUCAGACCUCCACAUGUGGUCACACGUCCUGAGCGCCAGUGACAUUUACAGCCUGGCCUCAUGCGGCAGCCACCUCAGAGGAGAUGUCAUCGCAUGGUCCGAUACAGAAGUGGAGCUUCAUGGAGGCGUUGCCAGAUACCCCUUUGAACCCUGUAACUGAAAUAGGGGGACUGAAG